AUGGCGCAAGCCGCCAAGCAGCUCCGCAAGAACAAGGACCUAGCGGAGGCCGCCGCCCAGGAGCUACGAGAGAAGGAGGAGGAGAAGAACAAGAGGAGGAAUCGAUCUAGGGACCGCAGGCGCAAGGCUCAUGUGGCUCAGCGCUGCCUUGUCCAUCAGGUCAGUAGUGUGGGCUCUGACCGAUCGGCUGACACUCGGGCGGAUGCAGCCACCAGCUUUCUGCGUGCGGCCCGUUCAGGGAACCUGGACAAGGCGCUGGAUCACAUCAAGAACGGAAUCGACAUCAACACCGCCAAUCAAAAUGGUCUCAACGGGUUACACCUGGCCUCUAAAGAAGGUCACGUCAAAAUGGUCCUGGAACUACUACACUCUGGCAUUGUGUUGGAAACCACCACCAAGAAAGGGAACACUGCCCUCCAUAUCGCUGCGUUGGCAGGCCAGGAGAAAGUGGUGGCUGAGCUUGUCAACUAUGGUGCCAACGUUAAUGCCCAGUCACAGAAAGGGUUCAGUCCUCUCUACAUGGCAGCGCAGGAGAAUCACAUAGAGGUAGUCAAGUUCCUGCUGGAGAACGGCGCCAAUCAGAGUCUCCCAACAGAGGAUGGCUUCACUCCUCUGGCCGUGGCCCUCCAGCAGGGCCACGAAAACGUCGUCGCGCUGCUCAUCAACCACGGCACCAAGGGCAAAGUCCGGCUCCCCGCGCUGCACAUCGCCGCGCGCAACGACGACACGCGCACGGCCGCCGUGCUGCUGCAGAACGACCCCAACCCUGACGUUCUCAGCAAGACUGGGUUCACUCCUCUCCACAUUGCAGCCCACUAUGAGAACCUGAGUGUGGCCCAGCUGCUGCUUAACAGAGGAGCCAACGUCAACUUCACCCCCAAGAAUGGCAUCACGCCUCUUCAUAUAGCCUCCAGGAGAGGCAAUGUGAUCAUGGUUAGACUCCUGCUGGACAGAGGGGCGCAGAUUGAUGCCAAAACGAAGGAUGAGCUGACGCCUCUCCACUGCGCGGCCAGGAACGGUCAUGUCCGCAUCAUCGAGAUCCUGCUGGACCAGGGUGCCCCCAUCCAGGCGAAGACCAAGAAUGGUCUGUCACCAAUCCACAUGGCAGCCCAGGGGGAUCACAUGGACUGCGUCAGGCAGCUACUCCAAUACAACGCCGAGAUUGAUGAUAUCACACUGGACCAUCUGACCCCUCUUCAUGUAGCGGCCCACUGCGGGCACCAUCGCAUGGCCAAAGUCCUGCUGGACAAGGGGGCCAAAGCCAAUGCAAGAGCACUGAAUGGCUUCACUCCUCUCCAUAUUGCCUGUAAGAAGAACCACAUGCGCUCCAUGGACCUGCUGCUGAAGCACUCUGCCUCGUUAGAAGCCGUCACAGAGUCUGGUCUCACUCCUCUCCAUGUAGCAUCAUUCAUGGGUCACCUCAACAUAGUGAAGAACCUCCUCCAAAGAGGGGCUUCACCCAAUGCUUCCAAUGUGAAAGUGGAGACUCCGCUCCACAUGGCGUCCAGAGCAGGGCACUGUGAAGUGGCUCAGUUCCUGCUGCAGAACACAGCGCAGGUCGACGCCAAGGCCAAGGAUGACCAGACACCCCUACACUGUGCGGCCCGUAUGGGCCACAAGGAGCUCGUCAAGCUGCUCCUGGAGCACAAGGCCAACCCUGACUCAGCCACCACCGCAGGCCACACACCCUUACACAUUGCCGCCCGUGAAGGGCAUGUUCACACCAUUCGGAUCUUGUUGGACGGAGCAGCACAGCAGACCAAGAUGACCAAGCAGAAAGGCUUCACUCCCCUCCAUGUUGCCUCAAAAUAUGGGAAGGUAGACGUGGCUGAGCUGCUGCUGGAGCGAGGAGCGAACCCCAACGCAGCUGGGAAGGUGAGAAAUGGUCUGACUCCCCUUCAUGUGGCCGUCCAUCACAAUAACCUGGACGUUGUUAAACUCCUGGUCAGCAAGGGAGGAUCUGCACACAGCACUGCCCGAAACGGCUACACUCCCCUGCACAUAGCAGCAAAGCAGAACCAGAUGGAGGUGGCCAGUUGCUUGCUGCAGAACGGGGCAUCGGCCAACGCGGAGUCCCUCCAAGGCAUCACGCCCCUGCACCUGGCCUCCCAGGAGGGACGGCCCGACAUGGUGGCCCUGCUCAUCUCCAAACAGGCCAAUGUCAACCUGGGGAACAAGAACGGACUGACCCCUCUGCAUCUGGUGGCCCAGGAGGGUCAUGUCGGCAUCGCUGACACCCUGGUCAAACAGGGAGCCUCUGUUUACGCUGCUUCUCGGAUGGGAUACACACCCCUUCAUGUGGCCUGUCACUAUGGCAACAUCAAGAUGGUGAAGUUUCUUCUGCAGCAGCAGGCUCAUGUGAACAGCAAGACGAGGGUGGGCUACACCCCCCUCCACCAGGCAGCUCAGCAGGGCCAUACUGAUAUUGUCACCCUGCUGUUGAAACACGGAGCUCAGCCCAAUGAAAUUACCUCGAAUGGGACGUCUCCCCUGGGUAUUGCGAAGCGACUGGGCUACAUCUCCGUCAUUGACGUGCUGAAACUGGUCACCGAGGAGUCCGUCUCCGUGAUCACCACAGAGAAGCAUCGGAUGAGUUUCCCAGAGACAGUGGAUGAGAUUUUGGAUGUUUCAGAAGAUGAAGGGGUUGCCCAGCUAACGUUAGGAGACGAGUUGCUCGGGAUGGACGGGGCGCGCUACUUGAAGCUUGAUGACCUCAAAGACCAGGACGAUGACUUCCUCUCCCCUAAAAAGACCCUCAGAGACUUUGAGAGUGGCUUGGGUACCACGCCUUACUCUCCUGCAAUUCCCAGGAUCCCUUGUGUUUCCCCUGAGACCGUUCUGCUGGAUCAGCACACCCCGGUCCCUCUGCCAAAGGAAUAUGAUGAAGACUCCCUCAUCCCCAGCAGUCCGGCCACAGAGACGUCGGACAAUGUCAGCCCUGUGGCCAGCCCUAUCCACACUGGCUUCCUGGUGAGUUUCAUGGUGGACGCUCGAGGCGGCUCCAUGCGAGGCAGCCGACACCACGGCCUGCGUGUGAUCAUCCCUCCUCGUACCUGUGCCGCACCGACACGCAUCACCUGCCGUCUGGUCAAACCUCAGAAACUGACCACACCUCCUCCUCUAGUGGAGGGGGAGGGGCUGGCGAGCCGCAUCAUCUCCCUGGGACCCUCCAGUAUGCAGUUCUUGGGACCGGUGAUAGUGGAAAUUCCCCACUUUGCUGCAUUGGGCCGUGGGGACCGAGAGCUCGUCGUCCUCCGCAGUGAAAAUGGGUCAGUCUGGAAGGAGCAUCGCAAUCGCUAUGGCGACGAAGUGCUGGAAACAAUUCUGAAUGGCAUGGAUGAAGACCUGGAGAGCCAAGAGGAGCUGGAGAAGAAGCGAAUCCGUCGGAUCAUCUCCACCGACUUCCCCCUCUACUUCGCCGUGGUGUCCCGCGUCCAGCAGGAGAGCGACCUCAUCGGCCCGGAGGGAGGCCGGCUGACCAGUAAGCUGGUUCCCCACGUCGAGGCCAUCUUCCCCGAGACGGCCGUCACCAAGAGAGUGAGACUGGGCCUGCAGGCGCAGCCAAUCCCUGAUGAGCUGCUGACGCGGCAGCUUGGUAACCAGGCCACCUUCAGCCCGGUCGUUACGGUCGAGCCACGCCGACGCAAAUUCCACCGCCCGAUUGGAUUGCGUAUCCCAUUGCCGCCGUCCUGGAGGGAGAGUCCACGGGACGCCGGGGAGGGCGACACCACCAGCUUGCGACUCCUCUGCAGCGUCAUUGGUGGAACAGCACCAGCCCAGUGGGAGGACAUCACUGGCACCACUAAGCUGAUGUACGCCAACAACUGUGCCAACUUCACCACCAAUGUUUCAGCAAGAUUCUGGCUGGCAGACUGCCCACGCACGGCAGAGGCAGUGACCUUUGCCAAUUUGCUGUACCGAGAGCUGAUGGCAGUCCCAUACAUGGCCAAGUUUGUUGUUUUUGCCAAGAUGAAUGAGGCACGUGAGGGACGCCUGCGAUGCUACUGCAUGACGGACGACAAGAUGGACAAAACCCUGGAGCUCCAUGAGAACUUCACUGAAGUGGCCCGCAGUCGGGACAUUGAGGUGAUGGAGGGCAUGCCGCUGCACCUGGAGUGCUCCGGGAACCUGGUGCCAGUCAGGAAGGCCACCCAGCAGCCCCGCAGCUUCAGCUUCCAGGCCUUCAGAGACAACCGACUCCCUGUCUCUGUCAAGGUCAGAGAUAGCAACAAGGAUGCCACUGGGUUUUUGUCAUUCCUGCGCAAGUCGACCAAGUACGAAGACACACAGCAUGUUCUGUGUAACCUUAACAUCACUAUGCCACCCUGUGUCAAGGUUGUUGGGAGUGAAGAGCGCAGGCGAACUCUAACCCCUCUCGCCCUUAGAGAGCGCUACAGUGCGCUGAACGAGCCGGGAGUGGCCACAGUGAAUGCCAUGGAGAGGACUGAGCUCAAGAUCAACAUCAUAUCUGAGCAGCUGGGUUUGAGCUGGGCAGAGUUGGCGCGGGAGCUUCAGUUUGGUGUGGACGACAUCAACAGGAUCCGUGUGGAGAAUCCUAACUCCCUGCUUGACCAGAGCUCUGCCCUGCUCAACCUGUGGGCCAGCAGAGAGGGUAAAAGGGCCAAGAUGGAAAGUCUGUACGGGGCUUUGAAGAACAUCGACCGUGCAGACAUUGUGAGUUCGCUGGAGGGCCAGGCUCCACAGCCAGCGCCUGGCUCCUCGGAGGAGGGCGCCUGCCGACUGGGUGACCGGGACUCCACCCUGCUGUCCCCUAGCGUCAUCAAUGAGGUCACGGACACAAGGCCACCGCGCCUAGUGCACAAGCCACGCGUUAUUAGACCCCCGUUUUUCAGAAGGGGUUAUGGGCUGGUGCAGGAGGAGCUGCUAUCCCCGGCCUCCAUGCAGUACAGCCUGCCCUCGCCUCUGGGCGUGGAGCCCUACUGGCAGGAAGUCUCCAGCCUAGAGUGCGCCCCGAUCGCCACCACGGAGGAAGACACAUUAAUGGAGAUGUCGGAUGUGCAGGUGUGGCCAGCGGGGGUCAGCCCCUCGCUGGUUACGGUGGAGGACUCGUCACUGGAUGGCAGCAGCCGGGCCGACGACUCGGAGGGAGCCACGCUGUCCCUGCCGUGCAGCUUGGGUCGCCCUAGCAGCGGUGCCAGCGGGGCCAGCGGCUCUAUCAUGGAGCUGGAGGAGGAGGAGGAGGAGGAGGAGGAAGGGGAGGUUGAGGAGGAGGAGGCGCCGCAGGAGCCAGCGUCUGCACUGGCGGACAGGGACAGGGUGAGGGCCAGCGGCGCCGUUCCCAAGGUCAACCUGAACGGCCAGCUGGGAGGUCAGAGGUCGGACGGGAGGAGAGGGGAGGCCAAUGCGGCAGGAGGAGGAGCAAAAGGAGGUGGUGGAGGUGUAGGGAUGGGUUCAGUGGAAGGGCUUUCUGUUGUUGCAGGCCAGCAGGUUUACGCCCAGCUGUGUGAGAUGUCGGGACUGAGUCGAGCUGUGGAGCACAACGGAGAUAACAGGGUUGUGGGAGGCGGAGCGUUCCAACCCUACCUACCAGACAAGGACUCACUGCAGGGCUGGGUGGGCUCUCAGGCCCGGGUGUCAUCGGGACGUGACGGCAGCGUGCCAGGCCUGCGCGUGGCCCAGGAGGCUCUGCUGACUCCGAGAGAGGAAAAGGAGGACUAUCGUGCUGAGGAGUUUGUCGAUGAGCACGGAAAUGUCCUCUCCACAAAUGUGGGGGUGGAUGUGAGAAAGGGCGCUCAGUCAGUGAAGCGCACCAGUCUGCGGAGAGUAAAACACUGAAACACACAUACUACCCAGUCCUCAAGGACCGGACAUCCACUGCCAAACCAUCCUCCACAAAAACACAACCAGAGCGCAGAGGCAAAUGAGGAAGGGAUUGAGAGAGAGGAGAGGAGAGGAGAGGAGGAAGACUCAGACAAAAGACUAAGAAGUGCAAGCUACAAAAUUACAAACACAAAAUCAUCCUCAAAGUGACCAUGGAGCACCGCAAAAGAAAAGAGAGAGGAGAAAAAAAAA